UUCGCUGAACGGACGGGCUGGAGCGGGCAGACAGGACUUUCCGGGAUGCAGGCGAGGUACGGACAGGUUCUUGGGAGAGAGAUGUGAACAGUACCAGACCAGCAGUUCAGACUCUCACUUCCUGGGAUGCUCCUAUCAUCUGGGAGUUAAUGUUUGACCCCAAACUUUAUGACAAAAAGCACCAAGAAGGAAAUACAACCGUGGCACUCACUGUGUUUGCCGUAGGAAGAUCUGCCAGCCAGCUACUCUGACUGCUUCACAAUUUGGCUGCUCAACCACGUGUUUCAGCAAGAAGAAAGGAGGAAGGGGAAGAACAUGGGAAGGACUGCUGGAACAUAUACCUGCCUUGUGCUGCUUGUUUUAGGUUUCAUUUGUUUCACUUCCUUGUAUUUAAGGUAUUUAACAAGCAUUUCCUUUAUGAAGAAUCUACCAAUGGCCACUGAAGGAGCACCAAUACUAAUCACCAAUUUGGAUUCCACUCUUGACUUUCGUGCCAGACCAGCAGUUCAGACGCUCACUUCCUGGCAUGCUCCUAUCAUCUGGGAGUUAAUGUUUGACCCCAAACUUUAUGACAAAAGGCACCAAGAAGGAAAUACAACCGUGGCACUCACUGUGUUUGCCGUAGGAAGGUACCUCGAUGCCUAUCUCAACACUUUCCUAACAUCAGCAGAAAAGCAUUUUAUGAUUGGAUUACCGGUGACAUAUUACGUGUUUACAGAUUUACCAGAGAAGGUGCCGAAAUUUGAACUUGCUCCUCAGCGAGACCUGAAAGUUGUCAAGGUGCAAAAGAAUAGCAGAUGGCAGGACAUCUCCAUGAUGCGAAUGAAGACCAUAUCAGAAACGAUAGAAACGGAACUCGAAGGAAAGUUCAGUUAUCUCUUCUGCUUUGAUGUUGAUCAGGAGUUUAAGGGGAGAUUUGGUUCAGAAGCCCUCGGGGAGUCUGUGGCUUUGCUCCAUGCCCAUUUUUACAAACUUCCAAAGGAGAGGUUCACCUAUGACAAACAACCCAAAUCUAAAGCUUACAUGAAGGAGGGAGAUUACUACUACCAUGCUGCUAUCUUCGGAGGAUCGUUGGAAAAAGUGAAGGCUUUGGCAGACUUUUGUCAUGUGAGCAUCAUGGAGGAUAAAAUGAAUGAAGUGGAGGCUCUGUGGCAUGAUGAGAGUCAUCUAAACAAGUACUUCUGGCUUAAUAAACCAAGUCGCCUCCUCUCACCUGAGUACUGCUGGGACCCCAUUAUUGGUGACAAGAGUGAUAUUAUGGUCACUCGCCUAAUAUGGGAACCAAAACAAUAUAACAUGGUCCGUACUCGGUAGUGUGGCCACAAUCAAAAAGACUUCAGAGACUGGGAUGAAUUUAAACACAAGUGUGAAUAUGUUUACUGUCUUGACUGAAGGCCUGAAUGAAAAACUUUUUUGAGAAGUGAACUCAG